AUGCUUGGCAUACGCGUGCUCCGCGUUAGUUUGCCUGGCUCUGGAUUUCAAUCCAGGAAGGAGUAUCUGUUCGGAAAGAUUGACAUGCAACUCAAGCUUGUCCCUGGCAACUCUGCAGGCACUGUCACUGCUUAUUAUCUGUCCUCAAAAGGGUCUGCGUGGGAUGAGAUAGAUUUUGAAUUCCUGGGGAAUUUGAGCGGUGAUCCUUACAUCCUGCACACUAACGUGUUUAGCCAAGGCAAAGGCAACAGAGAGCAGCAAUUCUAUCUUUGGUUUGACCCAACUGCUGAUUUCCACACGUAUUCCAUUCUUUGGAAUCCACAGCGCAUUGUCUUCUCUGUGGAUGGCACUCCAAUUCGAGAGUUCAAGAACCUGGAGUCCAUGGGGGUUCCCUUUCCAAAAAACCAGCCGAUGAGGAUUUACUCGAGUCUAUGGAAUGCUGAUGACUGGGCUACAAGAGGUGGCUUGGUCAAGACAGACUGGGCCCUAGCUCCUUUCACCGCUUCUUAUAGAAAUUUCAAUGCCGAAGCUUGUGUUUUGUCUAAUGGGGCAUCUUCUUGUGGCACAACCACUUCUCCUCCCGCCUCCACCUCGAAUGCUUGGUUCUCGGAGGAGCUUGAUUCAACAAGGCAGGAGAGGUUGAAAUGGGUCCGGGAGAACUACAUGGUAUACAAUUACUGCAAAGAUGUCAAUAGAUUCCCCCAAGGUCUACCUCCGGAAUGCAGCAUGUCCUAGAAAGAAGACGUCCUUGCAUUACCUGUCCAAGUUUUGCCACAUAAGAUAUUCAAUUAUUUUUUGUAACUGCAAUUCUUUAAUUCUUUUUCAUCAAUCAAUUGUUUUUAAUGUAAUAUGGAUCCGUAGUAUUUCGAUGAGAGUAAAAAGUAUUCUUGGCUUUCUCCUG